UAAUAUGGAACCACCAACUUCCAGUGGUCUACAGCGACUCAUAGGGACUUGCCUUCUUGUGCUGAAAGAUGAGCAGUCCUCGUCUCUAUCAGCCGAGGUGUGUGAGGGGCUCCUAGCAACAGAUCCUUCUCCCCUCUCCUCCUCUCCUCCUCCCACUACCACUGACAGAGGUACCCAUGUCCUCCAUGGCUACCCUGCCUACCCUCUGUACAUAAGACUCUCUGCCUGCAUCAACCACUGGCUAACUACUGGGCGGUGCCCUGUGCUGGAUCUUCCUGCUAUGCACCUGUUGAACGAGCAAGAGAGUCUGGCAGAGCGGUCCACCAGACUAGAGGCUGCAGGCCAUAUAGUCCGAGACUCCACCGCCCACUGGAGGCGCUGGUCCGAAGAAGAGAAACAGUCUGCUCUCUUGAAACUCCUGAAGAGUCUGGGGUAUCGUGGGGUUUCGGAUCUUAUUGGAGUGCGGAGAACUGUGGGUAGCUGUGACUGUCUCCCUCCCCCCAUUGGUGUGCUAAUGGCCACCUUCAACUCCCCUCACAGUCCGAAUGCAAAGCUAUCGGUCGGUGCUCGAGCACUCUCGAAGCACUGUCAUCGCGACACUUCGCACCAGUGGUGGGGCAACUGUACAGGAUGUUAAUAGAUCUUCUCCACAUACAGCUGAGGAGGCUAAGAAUGAGCAUGCAGUUGAGAGAGUGACGGCCGUACUGAGAGAAGCUGUCUGGAUUAACACUCACUUCCUACCACACAAUGUGAAAGUAAUUGAAGUGAGAACAAAGGAAGGUUAUGGAGCGAGAUGGUCACAUGACGGACUAGAGUUCAGAGGUUUUGUUGAACCCCAGAUGACAGAUGGGCACCUCCUUGGAUGGAAACACUAAUACUCUCUCAAUAUCCAUCAAAUUAAUGUUCACACUUUCACAAUUUUUAUCUUUGCUAGUCAAGUGGCUCAAUGUUUGCAUUAAAUAGAGCAUGCUUCCAAACGUGAGAAAUACUGUUACCACGACAACGGGGAUCAAGUGAUUGUUUUGUCCGAUGGGAACCAUGGCAACCAGUGGGGGGUGUGAGGGUGCGGGGAGUGAGGGGCGCCUCCAGAGACAGAGUGGGGAGGGGGAAGUGGGGAAACACGGAAGGGAAACGGUGCCUCCUGCAACAGCAUCAGAAAAUGCAGUAAUAGUCUGAUUGUUCAUGAUUUCAAGCAAAUUUGUGUGCUUGUGAAAAAAUCCUAAGACCUAUCAGUGUGGUGUGCUAAUUAUACGACACUGACACACAAAUCUUUACUUAUAAGAUGGACAGGUUAUAUAGAGAUCCGCGAAAAACACUGGUUUCAAGUAGCAGUGAAGAUACGCAGUGGGAAGAGCAUUAGAA